UCAAUUGUACUUUCAACCCAAUUUAAUCAUGAGUUAUCUCCGCCAAAUGUCGAUGCUGCGUUCAACAGCCCUGCGUCCCGCAGCACUUUCAGUAGCACCUCGAGCCCGCGUACAGGUCCGCUUUGCAACGCAAGACUACGGCUCGGGCAAGGGAAACCCAGCUGGCGAGUCACCGCAACAACAGGGCCAAAACCCCAGUGAGAACCUGGAGCAUCCUGGCCCCGAACCGCCCAGUGUCGCCAAAGGCAAGUCGUCGUCAUCGCCAAACAAAGACGGCAACUCGAACCAAAACGACUCGCCCAAGCCUACCUCGGAGUCGCCAGCCCCCUCUUCAAGCCAGGGCAAGCGUAGCUUUUCGACAUGGACGCGCCGGAUGAAGGACAGCAGCGAGCCAGCCGUCCAGCAGGGCCAGCAAUUGCAGCCUGACCCCAGCCAAGUCAAAGGUGCGAAACCAAAGAUACUAAACGAAAACCCUCCUGCAGCCGGAAACGAGAGUCAGGAAGUCCGGGAGCACAACGAGGACAUGAGUAACCGGGCGGAGCAGGCGCAUGAGCGGGUCAGCAACGAGGAUGCCGAGAAAGACAAGGUGCCCAGUAGCUACUGGAAAGGUGAAGGCGGACGCGGUGGUUCUGAGGGUGUUCGAGGAUGAAGACUAAACACAGUAUGCGAUGCAUAAAGACUGUGAUGUAUAAUUAGC